AUGCUGCUUGGACCGCUUUCCCUUCUGCUGCUCAGAGUGAUAGGGGCGAGGAAUGAGGAGAAUCACAUAAAGGGGAGUGGAUAUGGGUCCAACCACGAGGAGGGACGGAAAAGGAUAUUCCAUUCGGACAAAGAAGAAACGACCGAAGCAGCAGGAGGUGAAGACAUGUGGGCGGAUAAGAACUACAAACACCUCGUGGAAACAUCUAGCAGGAACAACCGCGUGGUGUGUGUGCAAAAAGAAUUCAACGACUUAAUAUACUACAAGCAUGACAACGAGUGCGACCCGAACAAUACCUUCAGCUUUUCCUUCAAUUCUACAUUCAAAUUUGACAGUACAUAUUAUGACCGCUACAAGCAAAAUAAGAAGUCGUUUGUGGAAAGGAAGAUUAGUCCUCAUGAGGCAGUGGGGUCUUGCAUAAAUUGCCUCUUCCUGGAUGAAAUGAAUUUCCUAAGUAUCUAUGGGCACACCUUUAUAUAUGACAAGUCUGAAGAGACAGACUAUAAGGGGUCCUAUGAGAGAAUGAUCGACAUGCAUUACGUAACGGAAGGUAAGGGGAAUUCCCUGGAGGUGGGUGCCAACAGUGUAAAUGUCCAGGAUAAAUCUGCACACAGCUGGAGCUACCACGGGGGGGAUAACAACUCGCACGGAUCGGAAGAAUCGAACUGCCCACAGGAUGCUCCCCUUUUGGAGAGCCGCGAAAAUUCCAUACUAGAGAAUUUCCUGCGCGAUAACAGGAUACACUACGCGUAUGACGAAAUAGGGGACGGUGGGGAAAGUGAGGGGGAGAAAAGUGGACAGGCAUGUGGGGCCACUGACCUGGUCAUGGGAGACACUUCGCUGAAUAGCAAAAUGGUAGACAACUUUUUUAUGAAUUUGAAAACGGGGGGGACUGGCGAGCACGAACAGGGGGUGGAUCACCCUGAGGUGAAAAAACACAGCAGGGGUGGAGAACCAAACAGGGCGGACGAAACCCAGCCCCCCAAAGAAAGCAACACCCCCCCGCAUAUCAAGGACAUGCCAAAUCUCACGUUCGAUGAGCAGAAGUGCAGGAGCUUCGGGGAGGACAUAAAUAAAAAAAAAAUAUGGAGCAACAUCCUCUUGGUGAACUCCUUCACCAACCUUAACAUCCUGUCACACAUCGAUAAAUAUAAAGGCAGGUACAACGAGUUAAAGUAUUUUUCUUUCCACGAAAAUUACAAAAAAAGGAAAUUGAACAAUCUGAUAAGAACAACACUCGAUUUAAAUGAUCAGAAUUAUUUUAUUAACAAUAACGUAUUUAUUUUAAUUGCCAAUGAGGAAAUAAAAUUUUUGGACGAGGUAAUUUUCUGUGGAAGCAUCUCCCAGGAUGAUCAGUGGUCUCUUCCGUACGUUACGGAUAAGAGUGUGCUUGUAGAAUAUGAACGGAUAAAGGGAAGAUAUAACUUGUCUGACCAUAGAGAGGAUAAUCGCGUUUUUCUCAUUAAGGUGAUGUACCAUGAGGAACAGAUAAGUCUGAUCCUAAUGGACUACAUCACAGGGUUUGGAGACCCCAUGAAAUUGUCUAUUCCUUUUUUUUAUUUGGCAUCCCAUGAGUACUUUUCUGAGUAUACUCAUUUUUUUAUGAAGGAUAAUUUGAUUGGCUGGAUCAGCAAGGGAAAAAUGUUGUACAUCACGGCGAUGCGCAAGAUUUUCUCCUACCUGCGGGAAAGCGCGAGCUACGCGAAGAGGCCCUACGACGUGGUAACCGUGGAAAACAAAAUCAUCUCAAAUGUGUACCUCCUAUAUUUGAGUCACGACAUUUUCAAGUACGUCCUCUUCGCGAGGUACAACCCUCUGAAGGACUCCUCCCUCCACAAGAACAUCCCCUUCGAGGCAGCGCUCCUCAGCCACAUCAGCACAUUCACACGGGAGGAGUUAUCCAAUCAUGAGACCUACUUCACGAAGAUAACAAAAAAGCAAAUAAAACAAUUGGACGAUCCCAAGAAAGAGAGCCGCAUGGAUGUCUUCGAUAUUUUUGUCGUCCCAUCAGCUAAUUAUGUUAAAUUCCAGCAAGUCCUAUCUAGGCUGUUUAAGGCUCUGUUCGACUGUGGGGGAAAACAUAUUUCUAUGUUGCUGAAGAUAGCUACUGUGAGGUCCCACUACGAUAUGUUGUACAAUUUUAACUGCUACAAUUACCAGCUGCAUAGCUUCUUGGUUAACCUGCUAGACCUGCACCAGCAUUACUACGAGCACACCGAGCUGGAUGCCUUGUUCAGGGAGAGCCAGCGGAUUCUCCUUCGGCUGGUGAAGCUGACGCUGGACGAAAUGAACAACCUCAUCCCGUUCAAUGAGGACAAGCAGUUGGUCAAGUACCUCAUAAUAAUUCUUUACUUUGGGAACGACAUGUUUUGCCUGGACAAGGAGAACUCCAUAUACAUUCAGCUGAUUUACGAGCUGCGCCACCUGAACAUACACCACGCGAUCCUCGUGGCGUACCUAUCCGGAGAUAAAUCGGGAACCCUCUGCUCAGAGGAGAGGGCCCUUCAAGUGGUCCCCCCAAGAAAAGAUGAAGAAGACGCCCACAAAUGGAGUGCACCGUACCUCACCUUCGAGGAUCAGAACGCAUAUUUGAAACCUCCUCCUACAAACAGAAUUGAUGUCAUCGACCCAAUAGCUGCCUUCCUAAACCGGUUCGAUAACAGACAUUUCGGGGACUUCCACGUGACCUUAAGAUCAGACAAUCGAUACUCUCUUAGCAUCUUCAUCGUCUCCUAUAUGGCGUCAGUCAUAUUUUUCAUCGGAGAAUUAAAUAGGAAACACAAGGUCAUUUAUGUUUACAGAAUAUUUAAAAAUGUCUACCUGAGGAAUCACCCCCAUAAUAUUACCAAAUAUUACACCUUCUGGAAUACGCAACUUUAUGCCUUUGCGCAGUACGAGCCGGAGUGCGUCCUCCUCUUCGAUAGGUACAGCCUGUAUGAGAAGUACAGCUCGGAUGGGAAGGACGCCACGGAUGAUGGUAGGUACAGGUUGGAUGGAAAGUACACCUUGGGAGGAGAGGUAGCCCCCCAAGGGAGCCAGUCCGACGCGCUCAAGAACAACCAGGAUCUGAUGAACCACUUCGCCGCACAGGAAAACAGCUGUCUGUGCUACGAAAGCAUGAUCAAUAAGUCGAAGGGCGAAUUCGUGGUGAGCGAGUACCUCCAGCUGCGCCACAGAUUUAUGCAGAAAAUCAAAAAAAAAAAAAAGAAAAAAAACUUGUACGAAAAGAUGAAGAAUUACAAUUUUUUUAAUGACCCCCUGGAAAUAUCCUACAAAACGAGGAAAUUUCAAAGUGAAAAGUUAGUAGACAUUUGCAAGGACAUGACAUUUGAGAAGAACCACUUGUGCAUGUUUCACAAGUCUAGGAUCAUACUAACGUAUCUGUAUCUUUUGACCACCUCACCAGAGUACACAUUCUACGUGAUCAGCCCCCUAGUCUUUAUAAAGCCAAAAAAAUAUUGCAACGAAUACGACAUCCCACUGGUGCUGAAUAAUAUAUUAAAAAACAGGAGCUUUUUCAAGAAAAGCUCAAAAAUUUGCAUUAACUAUGCUUUUGCUCAUUUCAUAUCUUCGGGAAAUAAAACGAACAACUUUAUCGUCACAGCAAAAAUAAGUGGGACCAUGGUGAACGUCAGCAAGAACAACUUGUUGUUACUUCUCCCGCUUAGAAAGAGGGUAGACAUUUUGGACCACUCCACAAAUAAGGAAUAUGACAUAAAAGAGGAAAUCUUAAACGAGUACUUCAUUCUUGGGAAUCCCUACAUCCCCAUUAGCGUCAUUUCGUACAGCUACGGGGACUACAACGAGGUGAAGAAGAAUGAGCAUAGCACCAUAGCGGGGGCAUUCAUAAAAAGACACGACCAAAACUUUGUGAUUUAUCGUAAAAUGACCAGUGGGUACGAUAAGCAUGAUAAGCAUGGUAAGCAUGGUAACCAUGAUGGGCACAACCCCCUUGAUCAACGUGAUGAACAGAAUGCCAACUCCUGCGCAGAGAACCACUCUUUCAAAAUGAAGGGAAAAAUCCUCUGCUUCUGCGACGUACUGAGCACCAAGCAAAAGGAGCAACCCAACAAUUGUGUCUACCCCUUUUGUGAACAAAACAAACGAUUCUGCUAUUUCAACGAAAGGUGUGUUGACGGUAAGUGCGUCUGCAUCGAGGGGUACUCAAGAAAUCCGAUGAGUUCUCUCUGCGAAAAAAACAACGAGUGCAUCCUAUCUGGUGAAUCAAACUGCAAAGAACCUGGGAAAUGUGUCUUCGCUCAGAAUAGAUACGUGUGUCUGUGUCCGCACCCCUAUGUGCGUGUUUUAAACAACUGCCUGCAUCCACUUAAGGGCAUCAAAAUCGGCCUGCGCAUCUUCAACCAUUUUCAAAAUGACUUUUCCAACGACGAGGAUGAUGCAUCGAAGAAGGAAAAGUUCUACACCAACGUGUUUGGCUCCAUGUCCGAGUACCUCAAGGAGGUCUUCAAAAGUGUGAUCGAUCCCGCGCUCACCACGCGCAUACACGUCAAGCCCAUACAGAAGCUGAAAAACGGAAUCAAAGCGAGCAUCAUAAUUAACCAGCGAAGCAGCCCCGAGGAACCGACCCCCAUCCAAGUCUUUAACAUUUUCCUUAACCAGUUGGGGGAUUCUACAUCUAAGCUUAACAAUGGGUUCUAUGCCUACUUCGCUAGAUUCACGUACAUAGAAUACGUAAAAUCGUUCUCCAAGGACGAGGGAUCCUCCCCAUUCUACGAUCAUUUUAUCAGAUACGUCCCAACCUUUUUCGUAAACAUGUUCGAGGUAGAUGCGUUCAAUGAUAUAUCGAUCAUCGCAUGCAUCAAUUUUUUUGUUUUAGUCAUUGUUACCUUUUCGGUAUUCUUUUACUUUUUCUACUUGUUUGUAAAGAUGAAGUUUUUCCGAGAUGUGUACCCCAAGGGAUUUUAG